GAAGGAAGACUAGAUUGAGUUUGUUGGUCAGAAAGUUUUUUUUUAAAAAAAUCUUCCCGAUGGCAGCUUGGAUAAAAGCCUGGUUGUGUGCAAAGUGUACAACAAAGAGUUUUCUGGUCACUGCAGCACUUCAAGCCGACGGUAUCACCUCAAUUGGAGCCCUACGUAUGGCUGAGGCAAGUCAAGGCAGAAGGCAGCAAACACCCAAGAGUUUUUGCCUGCAGCGUCUACGACUUUUAUCCCAAACACAUCUGAGUGUCGUGGCUGAGAGACGGAAAAGAGACGACUUCUGAUGUGACGUCCACUGAAGAGCUGUCCAACGGGAACUGGCUCUGUCAGAUCCACUCCUACCUGGAGUUUACACCCAAACCUGGAGAGAAAAUCAGCUGCAGGGUGGAGCACACCAGCUUGAUGGAGCCCAAACUUUAUGACUGGGGUGGCGCUGGAGCUCCGCGGCUGUUCGGCGGCGCUGCGUGUGGAAGAAGCCGCCUGUUGGAGCUGUUCUGGGGCAUGUGGCUCAGAGGAGCGGGGCCGCCUUCCUCCAUGACCCGGGGCCCGUCCACGAAAAAAAAAAAAACAGAAAAAAGAAAAACAGCCACCGAGCGGCGAGAGAAAGGGGGCUGGGGAUGCGGCAGGAGCUCGGCAGGAAACCAGGAGCGCUGCUGCCCCCGGAACAUGGAGGGAAUAACCCGACUUCUUGCUGAUGCGGACGGACACCGAGUUUAAACCGGCGGCGGAUUUUAUUCGGUUCGACUUUUGUUCCUUUCGCCGUUUUCACACACAUCUGCAGUGAUGCGGGCUGUGGAGCGGAGCGGCGCCGCGGCGAUUCUGCUCUGCUUUUUGGGAUACUUGGUGUCGGGAGCUGCUGGUAAAACGUUACCGGAGGACACGGCCACACAAGAAGUGACUCUGAAGGUUCACCUGAGCGACGCCAGCACCCACCAGCCCCUGCUCGGAGCUGCCGUGCAGCUCUUUGCCAAUCACACGCCUGUAACCGCAGAAACCUCAUCAGCUGAUGGCAACACCUACCUGCGCUUCCCCUAUCGCCUCGGGACGCCGCUGGUCGUCACCGCAACCAAACAGGGAUACGUGCCAAACUCAGUGCCCUGGACUCCCUCCAGACUACCUGUGUUUUCCUCCAUCAGUCUGGACCUGCUGCCAGAGAGAGCUGCGACUCUGAUGGUGUAUGAAGAUGUUGUCGAGAUUGUUUCCGGCUUACAAGGUUUAAGAAGCCAGCCCAACGUUCAUUUCCUGCGCCGAGCCCUCAGCCUCCCUUCCAACACGUCCUACGCCAACCUGACCGCUCUGCUCACCGUGGCCAACUCCCCGUCACACAUCCAGCACUUUCCACACCUGCAGGUUCUGGGUGGCAACGGUACAGGCUCUGAGAAGAAGUUCGAGUUGACUCCUGUGGCGGCCAUUUCUGUUCACCUGUUGGCCAGCGAUGGCGUGGAGCUGCAGGUGAACGAUCCAAUCACAGUUUCUGUUCCUCUGCCGCCCGACAGCGGCCUGAAGGAGAAUGAUCACAUCCCUGCUUGGAGAUUUGACCCCCGUAUGGGCGCCUGGAUAAAGAGCAGCUGGGCUCAUGUGCAGAGGGACGGAAACCAGCUCAGUCUGACCUACAUUGCUCCUCAGCUGGGAUACUGGGUGGCCGCCAUGUCCCCUCUACACUCAGGUCCAGUGGUUGCGAAGGACAUCAGCACAUACCACACUGUGUUUUUGUUGGCUAUACUGGGAGGAAUGGCUCUCAUCCUGCUCUGCCUGCUCUGCCUCCUGUUGUACUACUGCAGACGUCGCUGUUUGAAGCCCCGAGGGUCUCACCGUAAACUGACCAUGUCCUCCGGUCUGGACAGCAGUAAGAGGGACCAGGCCACCUCCAUGUCCCACCUGAACCUCAUCAGCAACGAGGUGCAGCUUGAACUUGUUUCAACAGCGACUGAGCCUGACAUGAUGACUCCGAUGCUGAAGCCUUCCUCCUACGAGCACCAAGACAAUCAGCGUCAACACAACCUAAUCCACCACAGCAAACACAGCCGCUCGUCUCUUGGCAACAACAGCCACCACGGCUCGUCUCUCGGCAACCUGACGCCUCGCAGCAGAGACUACCGGCAGUCGGUGGAGACGUUCCAACUCAGAACUGCACUUUCAUCCGGGACCGACCGAGGUUACCGUCAAUCAUACACCUCCGUCUGCUCGUCCAGCAACCACUUCUCUGACCCGCUGUCGUCAACCAAUCACGGUCAGGUGUCGGCCACGCAGCUGAGCGGCGUUGGCAUCAUCGACUGCAUCUCCCCCUCGUCCCCUCCUCACUCCCCCAGUAGAGGGGAGGGAGGGGAGUGCAGGGCUCCGGACCACCUCCUGUCCCGCUCAGUGGACCACCUGGAGCGACCCGGCUCCCAGCUGCUCUCCCGGCCGGGCCAGCUGCUCUGCUGCGGCUCUGUGGACUUGCUGAGCGGAGGCGAGGGCUACCCCAGAGUGCGCCCCACGCUGGUGAUCCCGGCGCACUACAUGCGGCUGCCUGGGGAGCACCCUCUGUCCGGUCAGGCCCUCCUGCUGCAGACCGACCAGCAGAGCGACCUGGAGACCAUCCAGGCCGAGCUCAACGCCUCACACUCCCAGCAGCCCCUGGGGCAAACUGGGACCGACUGCACCCCGGGUCCCACCAAGCAGGGCGACGGCGAGGCUCGCGGGUUGCCGGAGUCACUUUCCAUUCCCGGAGCUCUUGGCGAAACGGCUCUGGUGGAAAUAAACAGUGAGGACACCUUGUUGGCUGAAAAGACUCUCAUGGAGCUGAGAGGGGGGAAGCCGCUGCCUCACCCCCGGGCCUGGUUCGUCUCACUGGACGGACGCUCCAACGCUCACAUCCGCCACUCCUACAUCGACCUCCAACGGGCCGGGUGCCAUGGCAACACGGGAGGCCAGCAGGGGAGGCACGGCAACGACGCCAGUUUGGACUCUGGCGUCGACCUGAACGAGCCGAGAGUCGGCCGUAAGGGGAGGGACGCCGAGCGGGAGGAGCGGGAGGUCGAGAGAUCGAAGGGCGCUACGCCAGCAUCGGCCUACACCCAGCUGGUCUACGUGGAUGAUCUGGACGGGGGAGGCAGCGAGGAGGACAAGUGCAGCCCCCAGGACAGCGAAACAGGAGCCAACCUGUCAGACAAAGCCGAGGGCAGCAGAGGGGACGCGGAGGGCAAAAGAGCCGAGGGGGUCCGGAUUCAAGAAGACCCACCCUCACUCUCCUCCUCAUCCCCCAACUCUCCUCCUCCGCUGCCGACACCGGACGGGAUGAUGGGGUUCAGGACCGAUCACGGGCUGAUGUCGGUCUCCCCGGACGACGAGGCAGCUCAGGAGGACGCAGAGGAGGAGAAGAAGAGCCCCUGGCAGAGGAGGGAGGAGCGCCCCCUGUUGGCCUUCAACCUCAAAUGAUUCACAUUGAAGAAAGGUUUUCUGAAAUCUGUCUCUAGAGGAAACUCACACGCUAAGAGCUUCAUGGAAAGUGUUUGAUGUGAAACAGUCACUCCUCAUUAUGCAAAAAUUACAAAGUUUACCAGAAGUUAUAGAGUCAAUCAAGUGGGAUACAGAUACACACUUUAUUAUUUCCUAUAUAAGAUGCAAGUAGGUAAAACCAAAUAACUAAAAUCUAAAAGGAAACAGAAUUAAAGCUAGAAACUAGGCUCACACUCUGAGCAUAAAUGCAUCUUUUGCCGCACGUUUCACUCUUCUUUUCCUUCUCCUUCCAAUUUAACAUGUUAGCAUUUUCAGAAUCCCCUUCACUACAGAAGAACGUAAUCUAAAAGCUUUAAAUGAGGAGUUUUAUAGAAGAAAUGGAUCAUGCAAUAAGAUAAGUCCGCUUGGUUCUUUCAGGGAUUUAGCCAGGGGCACCAUCACUGCAUCCUGGGCUCAGCUUGUCCUCGCUUUUAUCACCACCCUACACGAUUAUGAUUGUACUUGAAUAAAUACAAACACGUCAAAGCAUUUUUCUUACAUAGCAAAACAAUAACGAGGUGCUGUGGGGACAGCUCUGACUCUGCAGGACUGAUCUAGUGCUAACUAGGAAAGCACUUAGAAAACGCAGACCUCCAUCAAGGUCAGUAGUUCACACUUCCAUUGUAUGUGAUUUCGCACUCUAAUCCAAACUUAAUUGGUUCUUCUAUUGCUUUUCGUGCUCCAUCUCUCCGACUUGUUUUACACACACACACACCUUAGACAUGUGUUGUUAGAUUUAGUUCAGUUAAUUUUUUGUUUCAUUCAUUUACAAAAUUUAGUUUAGUCCCACCUCACACAGUUCUGCUGAAAGUCACGUUUUUGUUUUUACGUCUUUAAACCGAAUGUAUUUGGCAAAGCUAAGCCCAGGAUACAGUGAUGGUGUCCCUGCAAAACAGUAACCGGUAGAGCUGCAGUGAUUCAUUUCGUAGUUGUCAAGUAUUAAGUUAAUCGGCAACAAACUGAGUAUUCAUUUAGAGCCAUUUUAAAGAAAUAAACAAGCAAAAACCUCUUAUUGCAGCUUCCAAAAUGGGAGUAUUUUCUGGUUCUUUUCUCCACUAUGACAGUAAAUUCAGUAUGUAUUUAGUGACAUUUUAAUAACCAAACAGCUAACCGACUAAUUGGGAAAAUAAUUAUUUGCAGCCACAAUCUAUAUGGAUACACAAUAAAAUGGAAAUAAACUAUUUGAAAGAGGUUAGAGCUGUUCCACUUUAUGUCACUGAAGCUCUAUAUGGGAAGUUUGUACUAAAAAUACUUUAAAGAACGACGAAUCUGGAUUUUGAUUCUCAUUUCUUACGCUACAAUCACUUUAGGGAGGAUUUAUUAGCAGGAAAACACAUUAGGAGAUGCAUUAGAGUGUGAGUUUUGUUUUAAGACAGACUUUUAAAACCGUAACCUCGACUCCUCCUCUGACCACGGCGUGAAGGAUUUACCUGUUGAAAUCGAAGCCCUUUGUUCUUCACAUAGCACUGAGAAAAUAUUUCCGCACUGGGAACUCUUCUAGUCCAGAAAUGAACAAUUCAGCUCCUUCACGAACUCCCCGGGAUGCUUUACGAAACGUCAUCGUCACCAUGAACAUACACUUCGCCUGAGAGGGGACACGGACGGACUCUGGAGGCAAGAAAUUAGGAUAUUUUAUGCACAAUAAAUAUAUGCCUUUUUUUUAUAAAUAGCCUUGUAGACACAGUCGUUGGGUGGUUCUCAGAAAUCAAACACUACAGGAGGCUUUCUUCUUGAGCCAUAUUGGCCUCAGAAACGAGAUUAGAACCCCAGUUUAGCCGGAAAUUAAAAGUAUGUUCCGGUUUUAGUCUGUUUCACUCAUGAUCUACAAACAAACAUGCAAAUCCUGAACUUUGAGUGGUUUUUUUUUGUUUGUUUUUUGUUUUUUUAAGAGUUUAAUCUAGCCCGUCGGACGGCUCUGUGAAAACGAAAUGAAACCACUAUCCGCUCAGAUAAUGUGACAGAGCGCUCUGCUGGUGCAUGAGGACGUAAUACCACUAUGAAAAUAUAGUUCCACCCAAAAACACGCGAGGUGUAAUAAUAAUAAAACUGAUAAUAUGAAGGGUUUUUGUAUUUGUUGAACCACUGACCGGCGUAUUUUUGCUCUGAAGGCUAUGCAUCACUUUUAUACGGCUGCUUGAGAUGCCUUUUUUUUGUAAGUUUUGAUUUAAUUAAUUGCCAACAUGAAGUAUUUUACCUGAAAAUAGGCUAUUUUUUAUUUCUUUAAGGGCUUUUCCUUCUCACCCACCUUAUUGUUAGAACACCACAUAACCUUUAACUGUUUUUGCUUGCUGUGUUUCACCUUAUUUUUUUUUUAAUCCCCCCCUCACACCCCCAUGAUCCAAGUGCCUUUGAACAACCGACCGGACUCUACAGCGAAUUUUGCGGAACAGAUUUAUUUAUUUCUCACCUUCUUUUGCCUUCAGCUUUUCCUCCUCUACCUCAGCCCUCCCGUUCUCUCUUUCCUGCUUGUGAAAGGAAGCAUGCAGUAAACUUUCCUCAGCACUAUUACAAGCGACGCUGCAGACCUCUCAGAAAAUGUCCACCAGCUACUCCUGCUGCUGCUGCAAUCGUAAAAUCCUCCAAACAGCAAUCAGCAAAAAACAUUGAUUUCUAUUCGAGCGAGUGGUCGAUGACUUGCAGAAGUUUAAAGUGAAGCUAAGUGCGAUUGUAUGUGAAGCUUAACGGCAGGUCAUUUCAGUGCAUUUUUUUAUGUUUUUUCUGUGUUUUCCGAGGGUGAAUGGUCUGCUGAGUUUGUGUUACAUCCAAUCAAGGUCCAUGUAGUCAUAGCAAUCAUAUUCCAGAGUGUGUAUAGUUUUUCCUUGGGUCUGCCUGAUGGAAACAGUGUGUAAGUCGGUGUCGUGAAUGGCCUUUUCUCUCUCUUAGUAUCCCACGGCAACCUUCAGAUCGAGGGUGGAGUAGCAAUACAGCCUCCUGAGUGUGUAAAUCGGUUGCUUGCAUUAUAUUUGAAGCCUAUUAUUCUAAAUAAACAGCCAAACUGGA